AUGGCGCAGUGCCUCACAUGGCAGGUUGUCGACCAGCGGCAGACGGGCGAGUGUCUUGGCGCCGUAGACCUGGAGGCGCUGCGAGCUGUCAUGCAGCGAAUUGACAGCGAUCACGGUGGGGCGCUGUUACACUCGGGCGAACGGACAGAGGCACAGGUGAGUGUGCUGCUCGAUUUGUACGGUCACCUCGUUCUGUUUGCGAAGGCGUCGCAGUUUUCCCCAUUCAAAACAAGUACGCUGCUCGGCAUCGUGCAUCAAGUGCACGAGACAAGCGUUGCGGACCGCCUUUCCCGCCUUCACUCGUACGACCUCCUUCGAGAGCUCGUGGUUCGGCACAGCGUGCACCGUCCACCGUACUCGACAAUGGUGUUCAGCGUCCGAGAAGUACAAGAUAUCGACACGUACAUGAUGAGCACCUACUAUCGCCACUAUAAAAUGUACGUGUACUGCUUUGUGCCACGCGAGGUGGCGACCCUUCGGACAGUAAUGCUGAACGACACCGUCGAGGUACCGCCUGUACAGCUCCCCCCACUCUCCGCUGCCAUUAGAGAGGAUGCGUGGAAGGAAAAGAUGCAGGAAAGGGUGCGCACGCUUGAGGAGACCGAGAUGGAGGAGCAGUGGAUCGCCUCCGAUGCGCUCUCGGAGGAGCAAAAGCGCUCCGGCACGCUUGAUAGUCUCACAUUGAAGGCCGGCAUACGCGCACAGCUGGAGGAGAUUCGCGAUGCCGUGUCGAAGAAGUCGACAGACUGUCUAGACCUCAUCGAGGAGAAACUCACCGCCCUUGAGGCCAAAGUGAAUGAACUGCAGAGUGGCGGCAGUCGUGGUCGGCUGAGCUCCAAGGGGUCCUCAAAGAGGAAGUGA